UAAACAAACCCAUGUGACGACAGUGUGGCUGGGACGUAUACGUGGGGCUGGAUGCAACACUGUUUUUAUAUUUUAAAAACUUUUCUUUAUUACCAAAAUGGGUAGGGCAAGGCAGAAGUACAGAGAGCGUCCUACUGUGGUAGCAGAUGAAUCAAAUCAGAAGAAGAUUAAGGUUGAAUUGAAAAAUGCUGAAGCAGAAACGUAUGAUACAGCGAACGCCUUGGUUCUGCCAUCAAAGAAACGAGCAACAAAGAAACUGCGUGAUAAAAAUGCUGCCCCAGUCAAACUACUCUCAAAGAAGAAGAGGAAACUUUUGGAAAAAAUUGUUGACCAAAAGAAGAAAAAAGCCAGGAGAAGUGAACUGAUAGAAGCACUGGAGAAGGUCCAGGCCAGCCCCAAGGACCUGGCUCUCCUGACUCAGCUCCAGUCAACACAGACGCUUGGAAGGAAGAAGUACCUGUCAGAAGACUUCACGCUCAUCACCAAACAGGAGGUCGAAGAGGAAGGGGGGAGAGUUAUCAGUGUCAUCAAGGGCAGGAAGCGCAAGAAAGCAAUGGAGGAUGAUGGGGAGAAGGAGAAGAAGCGCAGGGACCCUACAGUGGUCAGGCUUGGGGAAGUGUCAAGCAGUGAGGAGAGUGAAGAUGAUGAAGAAGAUGAAGAAGGAGAGGAGGAAGAAGAAAAUGUAGAAGAUCAGGGAACAGAGAAUGGUGAUGGAAGCAAAGAAGAGAAUGAUGAAGUUGAAGAAGAAGGAAUUGUUGAAGAAGUGAAGAAAGAAGAGGAAGCAACAGACAAAGACACAACUGAAGGUCCCAAAGCCACAGAACAGAAAGAAGAACCCAAAGAAGUGAAGAUGAAAGCCCAGGUAGUGCCAGCAAAGCCUGCAGUCUUUGUCAUGCUCGACCGAUUGCCGGAGGUGCAGGCUAGCCGUCUCAAACUGCCAAUUUUGUCUGAGGAGCAGGUCAUCAUGGAGGCUAUUAAUGAAAAUCCUGUCACUGUCAUUGUGGGUGCAACAGGCAGUGGAAAGACAACGCAGGUGCCGCAAUUUCUUUAUGAGGCAGGAUAUACCAGUGAUGGUAAAAUGAUUGGAGUGACAGAGCCUCGGCGAGUGGCUGCAAUUGCCAUGUCACAGCGUGUUGGCCAUGAAAUGAACCUCUCUUCAGACCAAGUCUCAUACCAGAUCAGGUUUGAGGGCAACUCCACUCCAGAGACAAAGAUUAAAUUCAUGACUGAUGGAGUGUUGCUCAAAGAGAUACAGAAGGACCCAACCCUGAAGAAGUACUCUGUCAUCAUAAUCGAUGAAGCCCAUGAGCGCAGUGUGUUUUCUGACAUCCUGAUUGGUAUCCUCUCACGUAUCAUACCUAGACGGCAAGCCAAGGGAAAACCUCUGAAACUAGUCAUCAUGUCAGCCACUCUUAGAGUUGAGGAUUUCACUGACAAUGUUCGGCUCUUUAAGGAGCCCAAACCCCCUAUCAUGAAGGUUGAUGCAAGAAUGUUUGAUGUGGCAAUUCACUACAACAAGCGGACAAAUGAAGACUACGUAGGAGAGGCGUAUAAGAAAGCAUGUAAAAUUCAUCGUCAACUUCCUGAUGGAGGAAUUCUCAUCUUCUUAACAGGUCAGCAGGAAGUGAAUACUGUAGUGCGUAAACUUCGCUCAACCUUCCCCACUCACUCUGGCAACAACGGUGAAAUCAAAAAGAGCGCAUAUCAGCGGAAGAAGGAAGACCUAAAGGCCAAGAAGGAAAAACGAAAAUCUGGCCAACUUCAGAAAAUUGUGUUGCCCAAAGUAAAGCUGGAGGACUUUGUAUCAGCCUUCCCUGAUGAUGCAGAAGGCGAAGUAGAUGAAUUAGAGGACAGAGGAGCAGAUGACCGAGAUGACAGUGACUUAGACUUGGACGAAGAUGAUGAAGGGGAAGAGGAAGGGAAGGGAGGUGAACCCGAACAGCCCAUGUGGGUUGUGCCCCUGUACUCUAUGCUGCCCCCAGAGAAGCAGCAGAUGGUGUUCCAACCUCCACCAGAGGGUAUGCGGAUGUGUGUGGUCGCUACCAAUGUUGCUGAAACAUCUCUGACAAUCCCUAACAUCAAAUAUGUUAUUGACUCUGGAAAAGUGAAGGAAAAGGUCUACGAUAAAGUUACAGGAGUCUCCAUGUUCCAUGUAACUUGGAUUGCCCAAGCCUCAGCCAAUCAGAGGGCUGGCCGAGCUGGCCGAACUGCUCCAGGACACUGCUAUAGACUAUACUCAUCGGCUGUGUUCAAUGAUGAGUUUCAGAAGUUUGCAACGCCAGAGAUCCAGCGACGUCCCAUAGAUGACCUUGUUCUGGUCAUGAAGUCCAUGAAUCUACCUGUCAUUAACUUCCCAUUUCCAACACCACCAGACCAGCUGCAGGUUUGUACUGGCAUUAAGCGUCUCAUUACCCUGGGAGGUUUGGAUGAGAGCGAGUUGGUGUCAAAGAAAGUACCUACUUCAGUUCCUCGCAGAAAAAGAAAAACUUUAAAUAUGGUGGAGCAUAAAGACCUUAGUUACAUCACCCCCUUAGGCAGGGCAAUGGCAGCAUUCCCCCUUGCUCCAAGAUACGGUAAAAUGCUUGCCCUCAGUCACCAGCACAACCUCCUCCCAUACACAGUUGCUAUCGUGGCAGCUCUAACAGUGCAGGAAGUCUUAAUUGAAACACCAUUGGACUCAAAGGCUAAUGUGAAUGAAACUCGGAAGAGGUGGCAGAAUCUGAGGCUCUCCUGGGCUAGUGCUGGAAACUCCCGGAGCCUUGGAGAUGCUAUGGUUCUCCUGCGGGCAGUGGGUGCUGCUGAGUACCAGGGUGGUGAUAGGGAAUGGUGUGAGAAAAAUGGAUUGAGACACAAGGGCAUCAUUGAGAUUAGGAAGUUGCGACGGCAGUUGACUAAUGAGAUCAACAUGAUCAUCCCCUCAUGCAACAUUGUACUGGACCCACACAUGGCACCCCCCACUGAUGACGAGGCAAGACUACUGAGGCAGAUCGUGCUGGCUGGUGCUGUGGACCAUGUGGCUCGGCGUGUGGAUGACCACGAGCUCAAGACUCCUGAAGAUAGACAGAAAUGGAGAUAUGCAUAUAGAACACAAGAGAUGGAAGAGCCUGUGUUCCUUCCCUCAGCAUCUGUCACACGCAUUGACAUGCCUAAGUGGGUUGUCUAUCAGGACAUUUAUGAGACACACAAAAUGUUUAUGAGGACUGUAACGGUAAUAGAACCCGAAUGGUUGGCAACUUUUGCCCCCAGACUCUGCGAUUUCUCCCCUCCUCUGGAAACGCCCGAGCCAAGAUAUGAUGCAGAGAGAGAUAAGAUUAUGUGUCACAGAACAGCAACUUUUGGCCCUUCGGCUUGGGAAAUCCCGGAGGUCGAGGUCGAGUACCCCUAUGGUCGAGAGAUGUUCCCCUGGAUAGCAUUCUACUUCCUCACAGGUGAUAUAUGCCCAGCACUGAAACCCUUCAAGGAAUACCUCUUCGAGCCAAGAACCCUAGUCAAUCCAGUUGCUAUAAGAUAUCGUGAACAGAGAGAUAACAUCUUGCGUGCGUUAAUGAGUCAAAAGGUCACCAGCUAUGCAAAGUUGGAAAGCCUGUGGAAAAUACAACCAAAAUUCCUCCAGAACGAAUACCUGCAGUGGUUCCAGGACAGUGAACUACACGCAGAAGUUAUCAAAAUCUGGCCUCCAUUUAUUAAGAAGGAGGUCAAUGAAUGGGACUGAAAGCAUGUUGUGAUUUUGUUAUUUAUUCAGGUAGAAUAAAUGGGUCUGAUAUUUCAUAUAUGUUUUAUUAUUAUUAUUAUUAUUGUUAGAAAUAUUUUAAAAUGUUGAUACAAUUUUUUUUUGUGGGUAAAUGAUGGAAUCUUUUUUUUUAUAUUUUUGCUCUUUGUAUUUCUGUCAUAUUGAUGUUAUUUAUCUUGUAAGAUAGCAAUUUUGAUAUUGCUGUUUGUGGUGUUUAAUUGCAAUGUACAAAUGGAGUAUUGUAGCACAUACAGUAUAAGAAUAAAUCUAAAUUUUGUUAAA